AUGGCUCACCAUUUUUCAAACCAGGCCUUAGGUUGCUUUCUCUUAUUUUCUCUAGUUGUUCCUUCUCUUUCAACCUUUUUUCAUGAUCAUUUUCAUGGUAGAUUUCCCAUUUUUAAGCCAAUAGAACCUAUAACAUUCCCAAAAGUUGGUGAUGUUCCACCAGCUGAAGUUCAUGAAAACAAUUGUAAUACAACAUUUGCCAAUGAAAGGCUAGAAAAUGCCUAUGUUGCUCUUCAAGCAUGGAAAAAGGCUAUUUACUCUGACCCUUUUAACACAACAGGUAACUGGGUUGGUUAUGAUGUUUGCUCCUACAAUGGUCUGUUUUGUGCUCCUGCUCUUGAUGAUCCCACAUUGAGUGUAGUUGCUGGUAUUGAUCUUAACAAUGCAGACAUUGCUGGGCACCUCCCAAAAGAGUUAAGCCUCUUGAAAGAUAUUGCACUUUUCCACAUCAACUCAAAUAGAUUCUGUGGAAUUGUCCCACAGAGCUUAGAGAAUCUCGCUCAUGUGUUUGAGUUUGACAUCAGCAACAAUCAUUUUGUUGGUGGUUUUCCUUCUGUGGUCCUUACAUGGCCAAGCUUGAAGUACUUGGAUAUCAGAUACAAUAAAUUUGUAGGAGCUUUACCUCCACAGCUAUUUGAGAAAGAUCUUGAUGCAAUAUUCUUGAACAACAACCAUUUCACAUCUAUUAUCCCAGAAACUCUAGGAAAAUCAAAGGCCUCGGUUGUGAACUUUGCUAACAACAAAUUCUCAGGUUGCAUUCCAAAAUCUAUUGGGAACAUGGUGAAUUUGAAUGAGAUUGUCUUCAUGGGCAAUAGACUUGGAAGCUGCUUCCCACAAGAGCUUGGUUUGCUACAAAAUGUGACUGUUUUGGAUGUUAGCAGUAACGGUUUGGUAGGGACUCUACCUAACAUGUCAGGAUUGAAGAAUGUGGAGGUCAUAGAUAUUGCACACAACAAGCUUAGUGGAUAUGUGUCUAACACCAUUUGUCAGCUACCUAUGUUGAAGAACUUCACAUUUUCUGACAACUACUUUAAUGCGGAAGCUCAAAGUUGUAUCCCUUCUUCCAAUUCAUUGGUUUGUUUUGAUGACUCAAACAAUUGUUUAUCUGGAAGAAAUAAUCAAAAGACAUCCAUGCAAUGCUUACCAGUGCUAACUCGCUCUGCGGACUGUAACAAGCACCAUGGUGGAGGCAAUGGGAAUAGCCAUGUCCCCUCAACACCAAAACCAACUCCAUCCCCUAAGGAUAUCUCACGAUCAAGUGCACCAGUGCCAUCACCUCCUGUAACUUUUCAAUCACCUCUUGCAUCUGUCCACUCACCACCACCACCAGUUCAUUCUCCUCCUCCACCAGUUCACUCUCCAACACCUCCACCUAACCAUUCUCUGCCAUAA